GUCACCAUUCUCUACUGAAGCACCAAAGACGAGAGACAAUGCUUGGGAAGAAGACUUUGCUCCUGCUGGUAGCGCUGCACGUGACGUGCCUUGCUGCGCUACCCAAUCCAUGUGCUGUAGUCCCAGGUCUCCCUGGGACGCCUAGUCAGAUCGGAGUCCCCGGAACAGACGGCGUCAAAGGAGAUCUUGGACUGCCAGGCCUACAAAGUCCACCAGAAGUCAACCAAGGACCAUUAGGAAGUGAUGUACUUCCAGGACCUAUUGAUGCACCAGGAAUAAAGGGCCCAAUUGGGAAAAUGGCAGACAUUGGACUUCCAGGUACACCAGCCUUGUUGGACAAGCUACUGCUCUUUCGCCUGUCACAGAUAGAUCGUCGCGUAUCCAGACUGGAAGGAGUCCUUAUGAUGGAAGGCAAAAUUAAAGCAGUCGGAAAGAAGAUAUUCGCGACCAACGGCAAGGAGGUGGAUUUUGAAGUCUCUAAAAACACGUGUAAGGCUGCCGGUGGAAAACUCGCCACUCCUACGAACGACGCGGAAAACAAGGCCAUCUUGAGUAUCGUGAAAGAACACAACAGAUACGCGUAUUUGGGAAUCAGGGAGGGAGCAAUUCCCGGGGUUCUCCAAAACCUAGACGGGCUUCCGGUUACCUACACUCGUUGGAGAAAGAACGAACCCAACGGUAAAGGAAAAGAAAACUGCGUUGAAAUGUAUACCGAUGGGACCUGGAACGACAAGGCAUGCAACCAAAAUCGUCUCACCAUUUGUGAGUUCUAAAGUCCUAAAAAUAUUCAUUAUUGUACAUUUUGACCUAGGAGAACAUCAAGUCCGGCUCUUCCCAACAAGCCGGCCAAAGGUAUCUUGAAUAAAAAAUAAAAAUCUGUUCUUGGCGUAUAUUAUUCUAACGCAGACCAUAUUGUGAGAUCAAAAUUUCUUGUUAUAACAAAAUGUAUCAAAUACUGAAAUUGUCAUGCCCUUGAACAAUGAAAUAAAAUUUCAUGAAAA